AUGUCGUCCGUCGUAGCCACCGUCACCUCGACGGCUGCAGCCGGUCCCACAUCCUCUCUGGACGCGGCCGAUGCUGCCAAGGCCUCCGCAUCGUCUGCCGUGCAUUCGCUCUCCAAGGCAAUCGCUUCCGCAUCUGCUGCACUCACUUCAGAGAGCGCCAUCGCAUCAGGCAACGAAGCCAAUCCACCGGCGUUCAAGUACGUUGGUCUGGCCCUCGCUGUAGGAUCAGGCGUACUCAUCGGUUCCUCCUUCGUCUUCAAGAAGAAGGGCUUACUCGCCGCCCAGAAGAAGUACGAGACCGCAGCCGGCGAGGGUCACGCCUACCUCAAAUCCGCCAUGUGGUGGACCGGCAUGAUCGUCAUGGUGUUUGGCGAAGUCUUCAACUUUGUGGCAUACGCAUUCGCAGACGCCGUGCUAGUUACGCCGCUCGGUGCACUCUCGGUCGUCAUCUGCGCCGUGCUCUCGUCGAUCUUCCUCAAGGAGAAACUCACGCUCUUCGGCAAGGUGGGCUGCUUCCUCUGCAUCGUCGGCUCGGUCAUCAUUGCGCUCAACGCACCCACCUCGCAUGUCGGCGGCAAGAUCACCGAAUUUCAGAAGCUCUUCCUCGCUCCCGGCUUCCUCACCUGGGCCGGCGUAUGCAUUGUCGCGUCGUUGGUGCUCAUCUUUGUCUUUGCGCCCAAGUACGGCAAGAAGAACAUGAUGAUCUACAUCACCGUCUGCAGUCUCAUCGGCGGUCUCAGCGUCAGCGUCACCUCGGGUCUCGGUUCGGCCAUCCUGCUCUCCAUCCGCGGCCAGAACCAGUUCAAGCACUGGUUCAUCUACUUUUUGCUCGGCUUCGUCGUCAUCACGCUGCUCAUCGAGAUCAACUACCUCAACAAGGCGCUCGAACUCUUCAACACCGCCACCGUGACGCCCACCUACUACGUCAUCUUCACCGGCGCCACCCUCAUCACCUCGAUCAUCUUGCAGCAGGGUCUCAAUGCAUCCGCCAUCGACAUCGUCACCCUUGUCAUGGGCUUCCUCGUCAUCUGCGCCGGUAUCGUGCUUCUGCAGCUCAGCAAAAUCGACCCAGACGAGCUUCAGGACAAGCCAGGCCUGGAUCGCGACACCACGCUGCUCAUCCGCGCCAGCCACUCGGUCAUUUCGCACGGUGGAGAGAAGGCCGAGUCGUCAGCUUACGAGGAUCCGGGUGUAGACACGGUUCGCGGCGGCAUGGGUAUCGUAGGCUCCAUGAUCCGCGCACGCAGCUCGCGCCGUCUCAGCUCGGCGAGCUCGUGGGGCCGCCAGCACCACAGCGCUGCAGACGAGUACACUCUGCGCAGCCGCAACAACCUUCCGCUCACCACGCACGGUGCCGGCGAUAUCGAGAGGUACCAGCUGCAGGAUGCACCGCUCUCGCCGAGAGGGAUGACUCGCGACAGCUCGAUGCUUUCGGUGCCCAACACACCCUCGCGUCGCGAAACGACCAUCCAAUUCACGCCGGAUGCCGACUCUCCUCACGGUCACCAUGCGGGCGAAGGCUCGGCGCGCGACGCGCGCUACCGCACCGCGCCGGCCAUCUCGCAGUUUGGCGCGAUCAACACGCUCCACUCGAUCAAGGAGGGAUCGAACGGCAGUGGACGUAGCGGCGAGGCCUCGGGCUCGGGAAGCUCGGCGCAGCAGCGCUCACAGAUGUACGUGGACCCGUAUGCUCCGCGUGCGCAUUCGCCCUUGUCACCCACCAUGCCGCGCUCCGACGGCGCGCCGGACAUCCGCAACAUGUGGGACCAGCCCGAUUUAGGCUACACUUCGUCGCCUGCCGCCUCUCCCGAGACGGAGGAGGACGGCUACUCGAUCCGGGCCGUGGCCUCGUCCGUUGGUGCCGACCAGCACAGUGGUAGCGGUCGCAGCAAGACCAAAGAGUACCCCAAGAUCAAGCCGCGCUCCGCCUCCAAGUCCAUGGGCAAGGGAAGCAGCGAUGACGACGAGGCUGAGGAACUGCUCAGCCCGCGUUUGGGCUACAGAUGA